AUGUUUCGAGCCCGUCGCUAUCGAGUCUCGCUGGUUUUUGCAGUCAUCUUCGUGCUGAUCUUCGUUCAUUUCUCCCGAUCCCGCGAUACAUCCGCAAGUACUGUGAGCAUCCCCGCGCCUGUCGAUCAGCCCAAGACCUACCCUCAAAGUCCACCCCCUGCUGCCCCCAACAACAAAGAACCCAUCGCACCCGAAUCUUCCACCUCCCAUGAGUCCACCUCCGAGUCAGUUUCUCCCCCGGCUCAGCAAGUCGAGAAGCCCGCUGCUCCCGACUCGAAACCCCCGCAGGGUCUUGAAUCCGAUGCGCAUGGUCAAGCAUCGUCCAAGGAUGGUUCGGUCGCCGGUCAGACCAAAACAUCAUCCAGUGACAAUGGAUCUGCCAACGGAGACGGUUUAGAAGUAGCCCCAUCCGAAUUGGACUAUCACGGCCACGCACGGCUCGAGGUGGACCUUCCCGAAACGAAUCGACCUACCUUGCACUGGAAGCAGGUGCAAGAACAUUAUCCUCUGGCGCCCGAAGACCUCAUCAAAUUGCCGACCGGUAAAUCCAAGGCACUGCCGAGAGUGCAGGCUGUUUUCAGAGAUGAGACGACCUCCGACAAGAUACAGCGGGUGCAGCGGCUGUCGACCGUCAAGGCGGCCUUUGAACAUGCCUGGAAUGGAUACAAGACUUCUGCGAUGGGACAUGACGAGAUCAAACCUCUGCGGGGCGGGUUCAAAGACCCGUUCAUGGGAUGGGCAGCCACGCUGGUGGACUCCUUGGAUACUCUUUGGAUCAUGGACCUUAAGGACGAGUUCGCCAUUGCCGUUGAUCAGGUGAAGAAGAUCGACUUCACAACUAGCAAGAGGGACGAGAUUCCUGUAUUUGAAACGGUCAUCCGCUAUCUUGGAGGAUUGCUCGGUGCUUAUGAUAUUUCGGGUCACAAACACGACGUACUCCUCGAGAAAGCCGUUGAGCUGGCGGACAUCGUGAUGGGUGCUUUUGAUACUCCUAAUCGCAUGCCGACCAUGUUCUACAAAUGGACCCCGCACGAUGCCGCUAAACCUCAUCUAGCUGAUUUUGACACGACCCUUGCGGAAAUAGGCUCGCUCUCCGUCGAGUUCACUCGACUGGCACAAUUGACUAAGCAAGACAAAUACUACGAUGCCAUUGCACGGAUCACCAACGAGCUCGAGAAACUGCAGGGUCAAACCAUGCUCCCUGGUCUGUGGCCGCUCAAAAUUGAUGCUUCUGGUUGCAGGACUGCCGCCUCACAGCUCAAUUACGAGGUCCCUCGCAAUGAUGUGGUGGAUACCGAGACGUCUACCUUAUCGUCUGCAGCUCUGCAUUCGCCCGCAUUCUCCUCUGCAGCUCCCUCCGCAUCUCCCUCCGCACCUUCUUCCGCAUCUUCGUCCACGCCUCCCUUACCUUCCCCCACGCAUACACCUUCCCUAGCGCAAAACGAACGGCCGUUGCCAACAGACGCACAGACCUACGCCAAAUUCUUUGAUCGGCGCGAUGGUGGUAGCUUACAUAUCGACGCGGAGCCGGCGAACUAUGACGACGCCCCGAACGAAGGCGCGAAUUCUGCAGUUUCUGGUGACUCUGGUGAUAAGGCCUGCACAGGAGGUCUCGCCGCGUCGCCCUCCUCGAAACACAAGUUCGGGCUCGGGGCCCGCGGCGAUUCAACCUAUGAGUACCUUCCCAAGGAGUACAUGAUCUUGGGCGGUCUCAACGAGCAAUACCCCGCAAUGUACGAGAAAGCCAUGAACGCAACUCGCGAACAUCUCCUCUUUCAGCCCAUGGUUAAAGACGAGCGUGAUAUCCGAUUCUUGAGCACCAUGACCCUGACGCACCCUAUAGCGGAACAGGUCCCUGACAGUGUCUCUGUGACCUACGAGGGAACUCAUCUGGGCUGCUUUGCGGGUGGGAUGUUUGCUCUUGGUGCCAAACUAUUUGGUAUUGAGGGGGAUCUGGACCUCGCUGCUAAACUGACCAAUGCGUGUAUUUGGGCUUAUGGGGUCACCAAAACGGGCAUCAUGCCCGAACACUUCUUGCUCGUUCCCUGCGAAAAGGGUCAGCCGUGUGUCUGGAACGAGACCAAGUACUGGAAUGCACUCGACCCUAACGAAGAACAGCGGAUCGCGGACGCAGAAAAAGCAAUCGAGCAGAAAUCGAAAGACAGCGACUCGACUAAGCGAUCUACUACAAGCGGGAUUCGUAGGCGUGACUCGUCUGGAAAAUGGCACGUCAUCGCUGAUUCGGCAACUACGGACGACCUGAUCAACCAUGACGAAGGGGAACUCAAGAAGCAGGAUGCCAAGGAUAAAGCUGUCCCUCAUGAAGUAUAUGUCACCCAGCGAAUCAUGAAUGAACGCCUACCGCCAGGCGUUACUCGAAUUCUGAACCGCGCAUACCUCCUUCGUCCGGAGGCCAUCGAGUCCGUAUUCUAUAUGUUCCGCAUAACAGGCGACAACUACUGGCGAGAAAAGGGCUGGGAGAUGUUCCAAGCUGUGUCCAAGCACACCAGCACCGAAAUCGCACAUUCUGCUAUCAACGAUGUCACCCUUGAAAAGUCCAAGAAGCGGGAUACCAUGGAGUCAUUCUGGCUUGCCGAGACGCUGAAAUACUUCUAUCUUCUCUUUGCUGACCCGAGCGUGGUCAGUCUUGACGACUAUGUUCUCAACACCGAAGCUCAUCCCUUGAAACGUCCGGCCUAUUAA